CAAGAACGAGGCAUCCAGCUUCCCCGCCGAGUAUAAAUACUUGUCCACAAACUGUAGAUGCUCACAACCAACUCGACUACCGCCACAAGACAAUGACCGCCAAGGUGCUCCUGCUCGUGGCACUGGUGGCAGCCGCCGCCGCCGAAGGACCGAUUCGCGAUUACGAUCACGAUGAUCCCUACGAAUCCCACAGGUCCCGCGAGUCCUAUGGGUCUUACGAGUCCGAGGAGCCCAAAUAUACUUAUAGUUACAAGGUCAAGGAUUACUACGGCAACGACUACGGUCACGAAGAGAAACGUGACGGCGAUCUCACUGAAGGAUUCUACUACAACCACCUGCCCGACGGCCGCCUGCAGAAGAUCAAGUACGUAGUUGACGGCUACUCUGGCUACGUGGCCGACGUCAGCUACGAGGGCGAGGCUCACUACGAUUCUGGCUCCUACGAGUCCCAUGGAUACAACAGGCCCAGCUACCAAUCAGGCUCUCAUGAGUCUGGCGAGUCUAGGUUCAGUUUUGGUUCUGGUGGAUCAGGCGAGUCCAGGUUCAGUUCACGAUCACGUGAGUCCCGUGAAUCAGACGAGUCCAGAUUUAGUUUCGGUUCCCGUGGUUCUGAUGAGUCCCGCUUCAACUCACGAUCCCGUGAGUCCCGUGAGUCAGGCGAAUCCAGAUUUGGUUCUGAUGAAUCAAAUGAGUCUCGCUUCAACUCAGGAUCUCGUGAGUCCCGUGAGUCUGAUGAAUCCAGAUUUGGUUCUGAUGAAUCAAAUGAGUCGCGGUUCAACUCACGAUCACGCGAGUCUCGUGAGUCAGGUGAGUCCAGAUUUGGAUUUAGUCGUCGUGGAUCUGACGAGUCCAGAUUCAAUUCACGCUCCCGUGAGUCAGGUGAGUCCAGAUUUGGAUUUAGUCGCCGUGGAUCCGAUGAGUCCAGAUUCGACUCAGGCUCCAGUGACUCUGAUGAGUCCCGAUACAGAUUUGGCUCUGGUAGAUCAGGCGAGUCAAAGUCACGGAAAGAUUCAAAAGAAUUCCGACGCUCCGGUUCAGACCACGGGUCCGAUGACGGUUUCUUCCUGGACAGGUACCGGCCCCAGAUCCACUACAGUCCUGCCUAUGGAAGUAAGUAACACGGGACCUCGCCGGUGAUCUCAUCAUGAUCACUACUUGUCACAUCAUCCGUCGCAACCAACAAGUCAAUAUACGAGUACCUCACUUUUCGCCCUUCAUCUAUUUAUAGCCUUCAUGUCUUGCACUGAUUAUGAAAAAAAAAAAACAUUACGUAUCAAUAAGCGCCCCGUCGACUUCUGUGUUCAUCAGUAUUAUUGGUUGUCACCUGUGUAAUGAAAAUGUACGAUUGUGAUAAACUCGCAAAAAUAAAAA